ACUACACGGAAAAGAAAAUGCGAAGGUAUGGGAGUACCGGUACGGAACGAAUUACUAACGAGUACCUAUCUACAAGUGAAGAAGACAGACAUAGAAGAUCUACAGAUUGAUGACAACGUAACAAUCAAAGAAAAGGACAAAUUCAAAUACUUGGUGUUUAUAGUCACGAAAAAGGCAACAACAGAAGAAGAAAUUACACAAAGCUUAGGACAAACAAGAAUGGCAAUUAGACAACUUAACUCAGUAUGGCGGGAUAGGCACCUAAAUAUGAGGCCAAAAUCACAGAUUUAUAAAACAUUAGUGCAAAGUAUUAUGACAUAUGGGGCUGAAAAUUGGAUAAUAAAUAAGAAAAACAGCAGUAAAAUAGUAGCAACAGAGAUGGAAUGCCUGCGAAGAUAUUGCAAAGUAACAAGAAUGAAUAGGAGAAGUUAUUACGAAAUAACGCAAAGAACAUCAAUAGAAACAGACAUACUAACAUAUAUCGAACAAAAAAGUUUAAAGUGGUAUGGACAUGUAAGAACUAGUGACAGC